AUGGCUAAUACUGAGGAUGAUAAUUUUGACAUUGACAUUUACGGGGAUGGCGGGGGUUACAACGGAAAUGAACAGGAAGGUGAUUUCAAAGGCGAAGAAACAGAUAUCAUUCUGGAUGCCUCUGAGCAACCACAAAAUGGUGAGGUAAAUAAUGAAGGGGCGAGCGAGAGAUACAGUAAUGGUAAUGGCCAUGCCGAGAAUGGAAAUCACAAGAUAUUUAAAACUGGGGAGUCAACUGCAGCAACACCCCAGCCGUCAAAUCCGCCUCAACCUCAGGCUCAGCCUCAAGCGCCACCGCAGCAAGGAGUGAAGCGAAAAGAAAGUCACGACAAUCAAGCUGCGGAUCCCUCUGCGACCACUGCACUAUUCGUUUCAGAUCUUUACUGGUGGACAACAGACGAUGAUAUUAGAGGCUGGGUCAACCAAGCAGGGGUUGAGGAUGAGCUUAAAGACGUCACGUUCAGCGAGCACAAAGUGAAUGGUAAAAGUAAAGGACAAGCUUUUGUUGAAUUCAGGUCAUCCCAAGCUGCAACUGCGACUAAACACAAAAUCGAAUCUUUCAACACUCAACAAAGUUCAAGAAAAUACACUGUCACAUAUACACAUCCUAACACUAAUCCGUUCCGUACACUACCAAAGGAUAAUCCUAUGCGCGGUAAAGAUGAUCGACAAGCACGUUCAGGAUCGUCUGGUAAUUUCAGUUCUCCAACCCAAAGCUCCAAUUUUGGCAUGAAUAGUAGCAGUGGUUAUCGGGGUGGUCGUGGCGGCGGUUACAAUCGCAGCGGUAUGUCUGGAGGUUUUAACGCCAAUCGUAACUUCUCGCAACCAAUGGGAGCUGGUAACUUUCAAGGCGUUGCCAUGGGCGGCGGCUUCCAAAGCGCGCCAGUUGGAGGUAUGCAAUCUUACGGCGGAUUUAAUAACCGCGGCGGAAUUAUGGGUAAUAUGCGCGGUGGGCCUGGUGGUAUGCGAGGGGGUCGCGGCGGUAUGGGUGGCCCCGCUACGAAUCCCAUGAUGCCCGUUGGCGGUGUUCCUAACGUGGGUGGAAUGGGUGCGAUUGGCAUGGGCGGCAUGCAGAUGGGAGGAAUGCCCAAUCAGAUGGGCGGAAUGAUGGGUGGUAUGGCAGGAAACAUGGGAAUGCAAGGCGGUUUCCAAAACCAAAAUGCUCACUUCAAUCCUGCAUUCUUUGGGCAGCCUCAUGGAGGCAAUGACGGUGCUUGGAACCCGCAUGGCGUAAAACGGACGCGCCAGGAGUGAAACUCAGAGUGACCUCUCCUUUCUCUUUCACUCGGGUUUUUCUCAGCAGGUGGUUUCUUUUGUCUUUGCCUCGGAUAGCAAAUUUCAUUCUACUGGAGUCUUCUACUUCUCGUCUCUGAACCAGCCAAAAUUGUUCUCCCUUCAAAUCUGCUUUUGUCUCUUUCAAUUCGCCAUUUCCACUCGGUUGGCUUCCUACUGUUUCUAUUCUAGGUUGUAUUAAGGAAAAUCCAGAUGACCUUGUUCUUUUGCCUUUUUUUCUUUUCACGUCACGAUUAAUGCUCUAUUUUGCUUUGGUCCACAGAUGGUCUUUGUAUAUUGACCAGGUUCAUUUGAAGUGUCCAUGUCCCAUUUCUCCAUUCUUCCACGUGUUUUCUAUCUUUUAUAUUUUUUUACCUUGCCCUAACUACGACGGCCCUUUUUAUGCUUGCUGUAACUCUAAGUCGUCCAUCUCUAUACGUGGUAUGGCUGCACUCUAUUUUAUCUCAGCAAAAUUUAUUCGAUUGCGAUGUGAAAAUGUAUUCAAGCUUGUGGUAGGCUUGUCUGUUUCUAUGUUUUUUUUUUUUUUUGAUUACUUUUUCUUGGGUUCUUUCUGUGUCUUUGGCGUUUCGUAGCUGGCAAAUAUUCUUCAAGGUAGGAUUGGGGACCUUUAGCCUUAAUUAUAUUUUGGGAUGUUUUUAUUU